GGGGCCCUCAGCUGCAGGCAACCCGCAGUGCUUCUCAGUCUCAGGUGAGGCCCGCAGUAGCGGCACACCGAGCCAGGCCUAGGAAGUCUCCGAGGUGCAGCUACGGUUAGAGGGCGUGAAAGGCUCUGCUGGGCCUGAGACCCCGCCCCCUGUCCCAAGGACUAUGUCCCGGCUUGGCCCUAACUGCCCGCUGCCUCCAGGGCAAGGAACCAACACCUCCGGUCUGGGGCUGAGGCUCGAGUGGAUCGUGGAACCCUAAGUGACCCGCUGUCAUGGACCCCUUAGGCCUGGGGGACCUGUCUUCUGGCUCCCUGAGCUCCCUCUCCUCCCGUGGCCACCUGGGCAGCGACACUGGCUCCGCAACGCGAUACCUGCUGAGGAGGCAACAGCGGCUGCUGAACGGGCCCCCCCGAGGAAUCCGAGCCUCCUCACCCAUGGGCAGAGUCAUUCUCAUCAAUUCCCCCAUCGAAGCCAACAGUGAUGAGAGUGACAUCAUCAAUGCAGUCACGGUGGAGAAGAGCCCAGCAGGAAGGUUGGGCUUCAGUGUUCGUGGGGGCUCCGAGCAUGGCCUGGGUAUCUUUGUCAGCAAAGUGGAGGAAGGGAGCAGUGCAGAGAGAGCUGGUCUGCGAGUGGGAGACAAAAUCACAGAGGUGAAUGGGCUCAGCCUGGAGAGUACCACUAUGAGUAGUGCUGUGAAGGUGCUGACUGGGAGCAGCCGCUUGAGCAUGAUGGUGAGGCGAAUGGGCCGGGUGCCUGGGAUCAAGUUCUCUAAGGAGAAGACCACGUGGGUGGAUGUGGUCAACCGAAGGCUAGUGGUGGAGAAAUGCAGUUCAACACCCUCAGACUGCAGCUCGGACGAUGGAGUUAGGCGCAUUGUGCAUCUGUACACGACCUCUGAUGACUUCUGCCUAGGUUUCAACAUCAGAGGGGGCAGAGAGUUUGGUCUGGGAAUAUAUGUCUCCAAAGUGGACCACGGUGGACUGGCCGAAGAGAAUGGCAUCAAAGUGGGAGACCAAGUCCUGGCAGCCAAUGGAGUGAAGUUUGACCACAUUAGUCACAGCCAAGCUGUGGAGGUGCUGAAGGGUCAGACACACAUCAUGCUGACCAUCAAGGAAACGGGAAGAUAUCCAGCCUAUAAGGAGAUGGUGUCUGAGUACUGCUGGUUGGACCAAUUGAACAAUGGGCCCCUGCAGCAGCUGUCACAGACAUCGGAGAGUAGUUCAACUGUGUCCUCCUACUCCUCCAGCAUCCCCUACAGUUCUGGCUCUGGCUCCAGCUGCCUCCCCUUGGACAUGGUGGACGUUGGCCUAUCCACAGAGGAGCUAGUUGGGCCAGGGUCCAGGGGCUGGGGACGAGCAGACACGGCCAUACAGACUGAGCCAGAAAUCAGCGGGGUAGUGGAGACGUGGUGCAGUGUCCGGCCCACGGUGAUCCUCAGAGACACAGCCAUUCGAUCAGAUGGGCCCCUCCUUGCCCGAAGAUCCGGUUCUCGCCUUGACACCGCCCUGUCUGAGUCCCCCAAAACAGCCCUACUCCUGGCUCUCAGCAGGCCUCGGCCCCCCAUCACUCGAUCUCAGAGCUACCUGACCUUAUGGGAAGAGAAAAAACAGCGAGGGAAGGAGAAGUCGGGGUCACCUCCAGAGAAGGGUGCCCUGCAGCGCUCCAAGACAUUGAUGAACCUCUUCUUCAAGGGGGGGAAGACUGGGCGGCUGACAGGAGAUGGCAAAAAUGAAGCCUCAGUGCUGGAGAAUGAGAACACCAGCAGAUUUCAUUCACAUCUGGAAGGGGAGAAAGGGGGAUCAGGACCUGUGCAGAAGUUUGUCACCUGGAAACUGAGAAGGGACAGAGAGAGAGCUCAGACCAUGCUCUUCCCUGGAUCUGAAGGACGCUCCAGCCAACUGACCAAUGGAGAGGACCGAAUAAAGGCCUGGGAGAGCCGUCUCCCCCUCAUACAGGACUUGGCCCGGCGCCUUCUGACUGACGAUGAGGUCCUAGCUGUUACUCGUCACUGUACCCGGUAUGUCCAUGAGGGCGGCGUGGGAGACCUGGUGAGGCCUCUGCUGGCCAUCCUGGACCGGCCGGAGAAACUGCUGCUGCUUCGGGACAUCCGGAGUGCAGUGACCCCUGGAGACCUCAGCAAAUUUGACAGCCUAGUGAUGCCCAAGGAGCUUGAAGCGUAUGAAGCACUCAAAAGUCGAGCAGUGAGGCCGCCUGCUCUUCGGCCCACCCGGCAGGACACACCACCCAAGCGCCACCUCAUCACACCUGUGCCUGACAGCCGGGGAGGUUUCUACCUGCUCCCGAUGAAUGGCUUCGCUGAGGAGGAGGAGGAGGAGGCGGCGGGGGCGCUGGGCGAGCGGCUGGCGGGGCUGCAGGUGUCGCCGUCCGAGGACACCCCGGGUCCUGCCCCGGCCGCUGCCCCUCGCCGCUCUCACAAGCCCUUCCCCCCGCUGCGGGACGUUCCCGUGGACGCCUUCUCCUGCCUCGGCCGCCGCAGCGCGUCGCCCCCGCCGCCGCCGCCCAGGCCGCCCCCUGUAGCCCCCCGACCCCCGCGGCCCAACUGGCUGCUGAGCGAGCCCCCCGGACGGGCGCGCGAGGAUGCCCGACGCAGCCGCAGCCGAGGUCGCAGCCGCAGCCGCAGCCGCAGCCGCGGCAAGUCCCCGGGCAGCAGGCGAUCCCCGUCCCCAGCUCCCGGGAACGGGCGCUACAGCAAGUCCCGACGCUCCCGGCUUCCCCUCCCCGGUCCCAGCUCCCAGGUGAUCGCUGAGGACCCUGACCAGCGUGGAAGGACCCGGGAGCAAGAGCCGCCUCCAGACGGUGACAAAGAGGGGGAGCUCAGGACUGUCACUCUCUCCAAGCUCAGACAGUCCCUGGGAAUCAGCAUUUCCGGGGGGAUCGAAUCCAAAGUGCAGCCCAUGGUGAAGAUUGAGAAGAUUUUUCCCGGAGGGGCAGCCUUCCUCAGUGGGGCUCUACAGGCUGGCUUUGAGCUUGUUUCUGUGGAUGGGGAGAGCCUCCAACAGGUGACUCACCAGCGAGCUGUGGACACCAUCCGCAGGGCCUAUCGAAACAAGGCUCGGGAACCCAUGGAGAUAGUGGUCAGGCUUCCCCGCCCUUGUCCUUCAGCACCUUCCUCCAUCUCCUAGGCCCAGAUCUCUCUCCUUCGAUGACCUACUGAUUCAUUCCCUGAUCCCUCCCUAAGUUAACAGAGAGAUUGGGUUAUCCCCCCCAGCACUACCCCAAGUUCCUGGAUGACCACAACCACUUUCCUUAAUCCAUCUUCUAGAGCCUCAUAUCUCUCAAACGGGGCAGAUCUGUGGUCAGAACAGAAAUUAGAUGAUGGUGCUAAUUACCAGCCUUCCUACCCCUUGUUCCCCCUAGGCCCAGCUGUGCCUCAAAUCUAAGGCCUAAGGUGGGGGUCAGAGCCAUGGGAAUUGGAGUGCAAGUUCUUCCCUGCUGUCUGGUGUCUCACAGGUAGGGCCCUCCACACGGGGUUCUUCCAGUGAGAGGACCUGGGUCCAUCUCAUCCAGUCCUGUGCUUCUGGUCAUUACUUAGUUAAGGGUUUAGAACUGCCCCAGUAUCUCAGACCCUUAAAUUCCAUUCAAGUCAUGCUCCAUAAGGACUUCCAGACCUUUUCCUAUUGGACAUGUAGCAGGACCUCCCAAAACCAGGGUAGGAACUAAAGAGGAGCCAAUAGUAGCGUGUAUGUGGGCAGAGUAUAGACUUUCCCUUUCUCUUAUAGAUACCUUAAGCACUUAUUUUUCUUAUAAACAAAAAAAAUUUUUUUUUAAUUUUUUUCUUUGGGUUUGUACAAGAAAUUUACACGUGUGAAAAAUAUACAAUUUUAAAGAUGCCAUAAACUCAGGAAAGAGGGUGGGAUGAUGUUAGAGACCGGAAUAGUAACAAACACAAAUAAAUGAGAAGUCUGAGUUC